UUCACUUCUACUUGUACCUUAACAAACAACACAUAUCAACACAAAACAAAACACCAAAACCAUGCAUAUUCAAACUUGUCACUCCACUAAAACACUUCCUUUAACAUGGAACAUUCCAAAAACCAUGAACCAACGAACACAUCGCCACCUCCUACCACCACCAAAAUCCACCGCCGCCGCCGCAUCACCGUCGUUAAAACUAUCCAAAACCCACUCAAUGCCACCGGAAAAACUCGAAAUUUUCAAGUCACUUGAAACCUGGGCUUCUGAGUCUGUACUACCACUCUUAAAGCCCGUGGAACAAUGCUGGCAGCCUCAGAGCUUUCUCCCUGAUCCUUCUUUACCGUUCAAUGAAUUCACCGAUAAGGUGAAAGCUCUUCGGGAUCGAACCAAAGAGCUUCCGGAUGAGUAUUUUGUUGUGCUGGUUGGUGAUAUGGUGACGGAAGACGCGCUUCCGACUUACCAGAGUAUGAUUAAUGGUCUUGAUGGAGUUGGUGAUGAGAGUGGCGCUAGUCCAAGCCCGUGGGCCGUGUGGACACGGGCUUGGACUGCUGAAGAAAAUAGGCAUGGAGAUUUGCUUAGGACUUACUUGUAUCUUUCUGGAAGGGUUGAUAUGGAGAAGAUUGAGAAAACUGUUCAGUAUCUUAUUGGAGCUGGCAUGGACCCAGGAACAGAAAACAACCCAUAUUUGGGAUUUGUAUACACAUCAUUCCAAGAGCGAGCCACAUUUGUAUCACAUGGAAACACAGCUCGCUUAGCGAAAGAAGGAGGCGAUCCAGUGCUUGCGCGCAUAUGUGGUACCAUCGCAGCGGACGAGAAGCGUCACGAGAAUGCAUACUCAAAAAUUGUGGAGAAGCUUCUUGAAGUUGACCCCUCAGGAGCAAUGGUAGCCAUUGGUGAUAUGAUGGAGAAAAAGAUCACAAUGCCUGCACACCUUAUGUAUGAUGGACAAGAUCCUAAGCUAUUUGAGCAUUUUGCAGCCGUAGCACAACGCACUGGCGUUUACACGGCUAACGAUUAUGCUGAUAUCUUGGAGUUUUUAGUCGAACGGUGGAGAUUGGAGAAGUUGGAGGGACUGUCGAGCGAAGGUAAAAAGGUACAAGAUUAUGUUUGUGGAUUAGCGCCGAGGAUUAGGAGGCUGCAAGAGCGUGCUGAUGCGCGGGCACGGAAGAUGAAGCCACAGGGUGUCAAGUUUAGUUGGGUUUUCAAUAAUGAAGUAAUUUUGUAAUGUUUUAGUUGAAACUUAAAGUGUCCAUGUUUGGUUUUACAGUUAUAUUUACCUGAUUACUGCUACUGUGAUAUCAAACAUGAAUUGAGUUUGAGGGUCGACACAAAGUUAAGAACUCAUCUUGACACAACAUUUGGAUAGUGGAAGUGGAGAAUAUGAUGCUAGAAGAAUGUUCUUUGCGUCUAAUAUAGGAGAAAAGGAAAUUGAUGGCUGCAUGGUUGUAAUUUUACAGUACUUGUUUGUGUGGAUGAGAGAUGGGACUUUUGGUUUGUUA